UAAAAAGUUAAUAAAACAUUUUUACAACUAAACAGUUAAUAACUCUGAGCAUUAAUAAUUACAAUGGAGGAGUUUUGUAAAGAUUUACCUAAAAUUGAACUACAUGCUCAUUUAAAUGGAUCUCUCUCAGAAAAAACACUAAAAGAUUUAGGUUGUCAUUAUGACUCUAUAUCAAAAUAUUCAAACGAACAAGGCAGGAAUUUAAAAGUUUGUUUUGAAGUAUUUAAAUUAGCUCAUAAUGUAACCAAAACGAAAGAGGCGAUUUAUCUUGCCACAUGCAGUGUCAUAGAAGAAUUUUAUCAAGAUAAUGUUGUUUAUUUAGAAAUAAGAACUACACCAAGACAAGAGACUGAGAUGAGUAAACAAGAAUACAUUGAAACUGUAGUAAGUGCCAUUAAAUCAAACACCAAUGACAUACUGGUCAAAUUAAUUCUGUCCAUUGAUAGAAGACAUGAUCAAAAAACAUCAAAUGAAGCUCUAGAUUUAAUAAUACAAAUGAAGCAAAAGUAUCCUGACAUUAUUAAAGGCGUAGAUCUAAGUGGAGACCCUGUGGUUGGUGAAUUUGAUAAAGAGUUGUUUAUUAGAGCUACCAAAGCUGGUCUGCAGCUAGCCUUGCACUGCGCAGAGGUAAAAAAUGAUGAGGAGGUGUGUGAAAUACUCAAAUUUAAGCCAGACAGAAUUGGCCAUGGGACUUGUAUACAUCCGCAGUAUAACGGGAAUGAGGCCAAUUGGAUGUUAUACAAAGAAAUGAAAAUACCUUUGGAAUGUUGUUUAACUUCAAACGUAAUAUGUGAGACAUCGAAAAGUUAUGAACAACAUCACAUCCGGGAAUGGCUGGAAAACGGUUUUCCUUUCUGCGUAUGUACCGACGACAAAGGUGUGUUUUCCACCAGCGCCUCUAAAGAAUAUUUCAUAUUGGGAAAUACAUUUAAACUAAAUCCUAUGGAUUUAUGGACCAUAUCUUAUAACACUAUAGACUAUAUAUUUUGUAACAACGACGAAAAAAUUAAAUUAAAGGAAAAACUGACGAAAUGGAAAAGUGAAAAUUCAAAGUGGUUUUAAAAUAUUUAU